UGGGGGACACUUGGCAGGACCUGAUUGGCCCACGUGGCGCAUUCCGAUUGGUGGGAGCAAAAUCCCCUAAUCAGGUAGUACUUCUCGGAAGAAAGCACGAAAGUGCAACGGUAUUGAUCUGUUUAAAAAAACAUUGUCAUUUAUACUGUAUUGUGCUUUCUUUUUUGACCUGACUGAUCUUUGGUUCUGCAAUAUAUCAGCUUGUCCUAAGGCAACAAUUGGUUUGCCACUGCCUCUAGGCCCUUUGACUUUGGGGCCUUCACAUUAUUGCAAUCACUGUGGUGCCAAGAAAUUUGCAACAGAAACUGUCAAAUUUUGUUGUCGAGAUGGAGAAAUUGAGAUUGCUGUUAAUGAGUAUCCCCCAGAACUUGUUCGUUUGCUUACAUCUGAAGAAGAAGAUGCUGUACAUUUUAGAACAUAUGCUCGCUUGUAUAAUAAUUUGUUCGCAUUUAGUUCAAUUGGAGGGAAUUUUGAUGCUAGCACUUACAUAGGAAUAUAUGUGUUUAAGUUGCAUGGACAACUAUAUCACUUUUUACCUGAUUUGCUACCUGGAGAUGAUACACCAAAAUAUUUGCAGUUAUAUUUUUAUGAUGGCCAGCAAGAAGCAUCUAAGCGUUCAGGUUGUUUCCCAGAAUUGCGAGAAGAUAUCAUUGCUAUUCUUAUGCGUGUGUCGGAACUAAAUCCAUAUGCUCGCUUUUUCCGAUCUUUAAAGGGGAUUGAUGUUUCUGAAGAUACACGGAUUAUUCUUAACCAGCACACUGUACGUGACCAGCGUGUUUACAAUGCUCCCACAAGUGAUGAAGUGGCUGUAACCUGGCCUGAGACGACAUCAUCAAGUGAGAGCUUUGGCCCUCACAUUCUUGUUUAUGGUAAAUCUGCUACGUCUCAUCGGAUUUAUCACCACUAUGGAUGUUAUGACCCAUUGCAAUACCCACUACUUUUCCCAUAUGGAGAGUGUGGGUGGAAUCAGGGCCUUAAGAAGAAGUCUUGUAAUGGGCGUGGACAAGCUGCUGUCCAAACAGAACCAGUAAUGACUUGUGCUGUGCAGAAUGUUGAUGAUUUACUUCAACAAGAGGCUUCAAGAGCAUCUAACAGACGGACUAGAGCAGAUAAUCUCAUAUCUCCAAGAGAGUACUAUGCAUACAAGCUGCAGAUACGUACUAACAAUAUGUUGCUACGUGGUGGGAAGUGUUUUCAGCAAUACAUAGUUGAUAUGUAUGUAAAGGUUGAAAAUACCCGGCUUGAUUUUUUCCGCAACAAUCAAGAUAGUAUAAGAGCUGAUUAAUAUCAAGGCAU